UGAAUAACAACUGAGGAAGAAGAAAAGCUUCGAGCUUUCGGUAUCAAAAGCAAAGCCGCCAUUACAGACUUUGUUCAAGAAAAGGAGAAGAAGGAGAAUGGGGCUCGGAAAUCCUUCACGAUGGACUAGUUUUGGCAAAUUAUUACUUAGAGACUCAUUCUCAAUUUUCAAAUUCCUCUGCUUUCUUCACGUUACCGAUAACUAUCUCGUCUACCAAGUUUUUGCUUACGGUCCCAGUAUGAUUCCAACAAUCAAUCCGUCCGGCGAGUUGCUCUUAUCCGAGCGCAUCUCUCCCAAGAUGGGCAAAGUACACCCCGGAGACAUUGUGAUCAUACGGUCGCCUCUGGUUCCUAAGAGACUGUUGACAAAGCGGCUGAUUGCAAUGGAGGGUGAACGGAUCACCUACGUUAUCAACCCCAAGAACAGUGAUACAUGCAACACUGUUGUGGUUCCAAAGGGUCAUGUUUGGGUUGAGGGAGAUAACAUCUACGAGUCAAUGGAUUCAAGAUAUUUUGGUUCUAUUCCUUAUGGCCUUAUUACAGGCAGAGUGUUUUGGAGGGUAUUUCCAUUUAAAGAUUUUGGAUCAAUGGGGCCUAGAGAAAAAUAAGUGACAGAAUAAUUAUAGAAAAGCAAUAAUGUUCAACAUGAUGGUUCAGACUUCACAUCAUACCUGUGGCGUUGCAUUGUAAUACACAAUUGAACACUUUCAAUAGCAUAUCUUGAGGCGGCCUUUUACACCAAAGAAUAAAUUUGACUCCAGGUUGGAUAGUGUUUGAACCCUCCUAGUCGAAGUCUUGAGUUGUGGUUACAACUUUUUGAAGCCCCUCUAAUCAGGAAUUGGACAUUUUUCUUCAUAAUGGAUUUGCUUGCUGAGUUGAUGUCUCUACACCCUAUAACAUGGUCAUUUCCGCCACUUCAGUUUUACAACAAUGUUCUUUUGUUCUGAUCAGUUUUCUACAUCCAUUGAUGUUUUUAAAACAUAGAUAAAAAGUUUGAUGUAUUCAGGUUAAAUUCAUUUAGCCUUGUAUACUUUAAAGACUGCGAAAGCCACCUGAAUAAGGAUGUGCAGUUGCAAAUCUAAGCUACAUGCUCAUUUUUCCUGAAUUGACAAUGUGAUUUAGUGGGAAGAAGCGAUUCUGGCCUUGAUUCUGUGUACACUUUUUGUGGCAAAAUUCCAGCCAUGUCAUCUCUGCUCCGAUCAUGUUCAUCUGCUUUUUCAUAUUUUGAUUGCAUUUUACCAAGUCACAACAGAUGAAUUCC